UCGCGCCACAGAUGUCAAUUACCGGGUCCCAGCCAGUAAUUAUCGAGCAUCUCCGAUGAGGAGGGAGAUUGUUUUGUUUACAAACAAUCUUCCUCUCUGUCAGCUCGAGCACACUGCUUGGGAUGGCUGUGCACAGUACAGCCAUCACGAUCAGUGUGCUUACAGGGAAGAACACCCCCCGUCCCCUAGUAAAACACUCCCAGCACACAGUUAACCCUUUGAUCACCCCUCACAUUAACCCCUUCCUGCCCAGUGCCAUUAGUACAGUGUCAGUGCUUUUUUUUUUUAGCACUGAUCACUGAUCACUGUAUUGAUGUCAGUGGCAGUUAGUCAGUUACCCCCAGUGUCAGAAUGCCUGCCGCAGUCUUUCAGUCCAGUUAUAAGUUCCUGA